UUGUGACUCUGAUUAUAUAUAUAUAUUUUGCAAGUGAGCCUCUUGACAAAAUGUCUUGUGUAGGUGCCCGAGGAAUAAUAUAUCCUUUCCUCUCUUGUGAUUCUCCAUAAAUACACUAACAUCCAUACCCUAGUCCCUCUCUUUCUCCAAUCAAGCCAUUAUCUCAUUGCUUAGCUUCUUUAGUACUUUGUGCGUCUUGAGGGUAGUGUUUUUAUGUGAUCAUGGGAAUUCCGAAGCCAGCAUGGUUGGAAGCUCUCUUCAGAGAGAAAUUCUUUGCCCCGUGCUCAAUUCACGAGAGUGCAAAGAAGAACGAGAAGAAUAUUUGUUGUUUGGAUUGUUGCAUAAGUAUUUGCCCUCACUGUGUGAUGGCUCAUCGUUUCCACAGAUUGAUUCAAAUUCGACGUUAUGUCUACCAUGAUGUUGUUCGACUUGAAGACCUAGAGAAACUCAUAGAUUGCUCAAAUGUUCAGGCCUACACAAUAAACAGUGCUAAGGUGAUUUUCAUCAAGAAAAGACCUCAAAACAGGCAAUUCAAAGGAUCUGGAAACUAUUGCACUUCUUGUGAUAGAAGCCUUCAAGAACCUUUUAUCCAUUGCUCUCUAGGGUGCAAGGUGGAUUUUGUACUAAAGCACUACCAAGACGUUUUUCCAUUCCUAAGGAGAUGCACAACUUUACAACUUAGCCCAGACUUCUUUAUCCCUCAGGACAUGGCCGACGAUGAGACGGCCCACUCAACGAUCGUGGACAGUGACGGGCCAUGGGGCUCAUCGAUGUCCGGCUCGUCGGGAUCGGAGAACAACAUGAUGAGUGUUUUCCCAUGCACUGAGUUUGUGAGGAAGAAGAGAAGUGGAUUAUACGUGUGUGGAAGAACACUCAAUAGCUAUAAGAACAUAACGGAUGAGGACAUCGCUACUAGCAUGAGUAGAAGAAAAGGCAUUCCUCAUAGGUCUCCUUUGUGUUAGAAUUAAUUUAGUAGAAUUAUUCACAUUUUACUUUGACCACUUUCAAUUAGAAUUUUUUAAUAUUCUUGGCUCACUGCUCAUGACCACCCCUCUUUCACACACACAAACACACACAAUUUUUGGGAUUAAUUAAUUACUUGGUCGGGGUGUUUUGUCUUAAUGGCAUCACGUGACUCUAGGUUAUUAUGUGGUUUUUUAUUUUGUACAACAUGAUUUCGAAUUUCUACCAUGACAUAAUAAUAGUAAGAGUUUAGGAAUUCGAAUGGA